GGGAAGGAAAGUUGCCCGCGGAUCCCCUUGGCGAUUCGCAGAGCCCUCCGCGCGCGCGCUCCUGUCCCCAGGGGUGCCAUGCCCGGGGCCAGAGCGAGCGGCGCCGGGUUCGAGUCGCAGAGAUAAGGCGGUGUGGCCGCCUAGGGGGUCUCUCAGCCCCGAAGCCCCCGAGCGGGAGGCAGGGGGUCGGGCGGCGGGAAGGAGCCCUGUUGUUCCCACAGCCAUGGGACCGGUACCCGCCACGGAGGACCUCGGCCAGCAAGCCCAGAGCAUGAGCGGGGAUGAAUGCAGCCGCCUGCAUAAGCUUCCGGCUCAAACAGGCUGUGGAAUGCUUACUCUUCUGUCAAGUGCCACUGCUGCUAUUAGUGGCUUUCUGAUGGGCUAUGAACUAGGAGUUAUCUCUGGAGCCCUUCUUCAGUUAAGUAGUAUAUUGACACUUUCAUGCCAACAGCAGGAGAUGGUCGUAAGUGCUCUUCUGAUUGGUGCCUUACUAGCCUCAUUGACUGGUGGAAUCCUGAUAGACAAAUAUGGGAGGAGAAAUACCAUCAUGUUGUCAUCUUGUUUACUUGUACUGGGAAGUCUGCUCUUGAUCCUCUUUGCCUCAUAUGGGUUACUUAUAGUAGGUCGGAUUGUGAUAGGUGUUUCCAUUUCACUCUCCUCGACGGCUACAUGUGUGUAUAUUGCGGAGAUUGCACCCCAGCACCGAAGAGGCUUACUUGUAUCUUUGAAUGAACUUAUGAUCGUAACGGGUAUUCUUUUUGCCUAUGUUUCUAAUUAUGCUUUUGCCAAUGUCCCCCAUGGCUGGAAGUACAUGUUCAGCCUGAUUAUACCAUUGGGGAUCUUUCAGGCCUUUGCUUUGUAUUUCCUUCUGCCUAGUCCUCGGUUCUUGGUUAUGAAAGGCCUUGAUGAGGCUGCUAGCAAAGUCCUUGGAAGACUCAGGACUACCUCAGACACUGCAGAAGAGCUUGCUAUGAUCAAAUCAUCCUUGAAAGAUGAACACCAAUACCAUUUCUUGGAUCUGUUUCGUUCCAAAGACAACUUGAGGACCAGGAUGCUAAUAGCAAUCACUCUAGUGUUUUUUGUACAAACCACAGGACAGCCUAAUAUCUUAUCUUAUGCUUCUACUGUUUUGAAAUCUGUUGGAUUCCAGAGCAAUGAUGCAGCAAGCUUGGCUUCUACUGGGGUGGGAGUGGUUAAAGUGAUCAGUACAAUCCCUGCCACACUUUUUGUGGAUAAUAUUGGAAGCAAGACAUUUCUCUGCAUGGGCUCAUCCCUCAUGUCGGUGUCGUUGGUCACUAUGGGAUUAGUGGUGCUUAAUAUACACAUGAAUGCCACUACAGUCUGUAAAAACCAGUCCUUGGAAGACUCAUUCCACGGGGUGGGAAAACUCACGUCCAUAAAUGAAACCUUGAAGGAGUUGUUUCCUGACAUGGUGCCAUCUAGCAGAAGCCCACAGUGGAUGGCUGAAUUUGCCAAUACAUUGGCACAGAACAGGACAGCCUUGGCAAAAGGUGCAGUCUCUCGCACAAGCCAAGCAGAAUCAGAUCUAACAGCAGGACCUGUGGAAGUUCAACCAGUUCUGAAAUGGCUUUCUUUGGCUGGCUUGCUUGUUUACGUUGCUGCUUUCUCCAUAGGACUUGGACCAAUGUCUUGGCUGGUAUUAAGUGAAAUAUUUCCUGGUGGGAUAAGAGGAAGAGCAAUUUCUCUAACCUGUAGUGUGAAUUGGGGUCUUAAUCUCCUCAUAUCUUCAACUUUUCUGACUAUAACAGAUCUAAUAGGCUUACCGUGGGUAUAUUUUAUUUAUGCUCUGAUGAGCCUAACAACAUUAGCCUUUGUCAUCAUAUUUAUACCUGAGACAAAAGGAUGCUCCUUAGAGCAGAUAUCCAUUAAACUGGCAAAAGAUAAUACUUCAACAUGCUUCUUGUCUUCCAGAAAACACACAAAGAAUGGCCUCUGCUGGAUGGGCCAACCACAGGAUCACCUGAUAGAAUCAACUAUAGAGCUUUCAAAUAAAGAGGGUCAUGAACGUUUCUACUAGACUGAAGCUGGUGAAUGUAAACAAUGCUAGAAAAGCUGGUUUUCUCCAAGGACAAGAUAGUUGAACAUGCAAAUGUUUCAGCUGUAUUCUUAUGCUUACCUUUACUAUAAAUUAGCUUUCCUAUACUUUGUAGAAUGAACGUGAGAAAAGAAAGAUUUUUGCACAUAGUAAGCACAGAAUAUUACCUUUGUACUAUGGUAGGGAACUGAUAAAAAAUUAGAAAUAUUGCACACAAUAUCAAAGAUAUAAAAAUGUGUGAGAACAGAUUAUUAUUAUGUAUAUUAAUAUAGAGAAUGUGCUGUUACUUAAGAAACUAGUCUCCCCAGAAAUGUUUAGUUAAGCCUGCUCCAACCACUCUCUUUAAGGCUUCCUAAUCAACCUCUUUAAAGUGACGGUAUUGACGCUCUAGCCAAAUUGGUGAGGACUUGCUCCAUAUUUUAUUUCUAUUAACUGUUGAAAUGGAUUUCAGAAAUUGUUUAGAUUUAGUGAAACUGAACAAAAUGUCACACUUCAGAUCAGGUUAGAUCAUUAUAAGCAGUGUCGCUUUGAAGUGAAGUAUAUUAUUUGGGGAGAUACUUGCAUCCACAAGCAAGGCUGAGGUGGUUUCAGGGCGCCUACACCACACCUCAAGUGACCCUAUUUGGCCCUUCCUCCCUUUGAAGCAAAAAGAGAGAGAAAGAAAUAACAAAGAUCCCCCUCCUUGUCUCCUCUUGUCUCCUGUCUAUGGUGGAGUAGGAGGUUUUCAAUUAUUAGAAUUCUUUCUGAGUGGCAUCAGUGCUGCCUAACAAGGGCUUAAAAUAAAAAGAAACCUCUGCUUCCUCAGGAGAGUGGGAGUAAGUUUUUAUUUUCACAAAAUUAUGAAGUGGCUUAAGCAGAGAGUUUCAAGCCAUCCGCUUUGGUUCAGUUCCAGCAAUCACACAUGCUGAGACAAAACCAAAAUGGAGUGAUCCUGCCUGCAUCAAAAAGCACAGUAGCCCAUGACAAACACUCAAAAGGUGUGAGUAGAUGUGGAUGAAGGAUGGGUUAGUUUGUGUUACCCUCUACGUCAUGUGGUUGUCAGGAGAAAAAAAAGAGGGACCUAGCUGGUCCCCAAACCAGGUCAAACUUUGAGACCAAUCACCAUGUCUCACCCUUAGUUUAAGCCAGGAAGAAAAUGUUUCCGAUCUUUUCCUCUCAGUCACAGGUGAAGAGUGAGGAGCACGUAAAUCUAAGGCUCUGCAACACAUUCUUGUAGUACUAAACUAUGAUUUAGUAUUACAGCCAAUUUAGUAUUACAUUCAAAAUAGGCUUCUGUUCUGUGCCUUGAAAGCUAGGCAAACUUCAAUUUUUGGUACUAUUAACUUGGCAAACUUAAUCCUAGUUUUUAACAUUAAGCCUAGGCAAACUUGAAAUGUUAGUGUCUUACAUUAAAAUCAGCAUUAGAGUUACUCUAGAAAGGAUGAAAUAAAAUCAAGUACAGUAGGACCCCCUAUCCACAGGAUCAGUAUCCACUGAUUCAAUUAUCUACUGCCUGAAA